AUGCAUCGCAGACACACCACACUCCGGGAGAAGGGCCGCCGUCAGGCCAUCCGGGGCCCUGCCUACAUGUUUAAUGAGCGGGGUACUAGCCUCACCACGGAGGAAGAGCGUUUUCUUAAUGCUGCAGAAUAUGGAAACAUCCCUGUGGUCCGCAAAAUGCUUGAAGAGUGUAAAACGCUCAACUUUAACUGUGUGGACUACAUGGGCCAGAAUUCAUUGCAACUAGCUGUAGCAAAUGAGCACCUUGAAGUUACAGAGCUGCUCCUGAAGAAAAAAGGGCUGGCAAGAGUGGGUGAUGCGCUCCUAUUAGCAAUUAGCAAAGGGUAUGUAAGGAUUGUUGAAGCCAUCUUGGCUCACCCGGCAUUUGCUGGAGGGCUGAGGUUUACAUUAAGUCCGCUGGAGCAGGAACUUCGAGAUGAUGACUUUUAUGCAUAUGAUGAGGAUGGUACACGGUUUUCACAGGAUAUAACACCAGUGAUCUUAGCCUCACACUGUCAGGAGUAUGAGAUUGUGCACAUUUUGCUGAUGAAGGGUGCCAGGAUUGAGCGACCGCAUGACUACUUCUGCAAGUGCAACGAAUGCACUGAGAAACAACGGCUGGACUCUUUUAGCCACUCACGAUCUCGCAUGAAUGCUUAUAAAGGCCUUGCAAGUGCUGCCUACCUGUCACUCUCAAGUGAAGAUCCUGUGCUUACUGCUCUAGAGCUCAGCAAUGAACUGGCAAGACUUGCCAACAUUGAGACUGAGUUUAAGAAUGACUACCGAAAACUGUCCAUGCAGUGUAAGGACUUCGUGGUAGGGGUGCUUGACCUGUGCCGAGACACGGAGGAGGUAGAGGCCAUACUGAAUGGUGAUGUGGAAAAGAAGCCCCCCUCAGAGCAGCGCCCCUGCCUUAGCCGCAUCAAACUUGCUAUCAAAUAUGAGGUUAAAAAGUUCGUCGCUCACCCGAAUUGCCAGCAGCAGUUGUUAACUAUCUGGUAUGAAAAUCUAUCUGGUCUGAGGCAGCAGUCUAUAGGAGUGAAGUGUCUAACAGUGUUCGGGGUGACUGUAGGACUGCCUUUUCUCGCCAUAGCAUACUGGAUUAUGCCCUGCAGCAAGCUGGGCCAGAUUUUACGAAGUCCCUUCAUGAAGUUUGUCGCACAUGCUGUCUCCUUCACAAUCUUCCUGGGUCUGCUCGUGCUGAAUGCAUCAGAUCGGUUUGAGGGGGUGAAGAAUCUCCCUAAUGAGACUAUCACAGAUCACCCGCGCCAGGUGUUCAGAGUCAAGACUACCCAGUUCUCCUGGACAGAGCUCCUCAUCAUAAAAUGGGUGUUGGGUAUGAUCUGGUCAGAGUGUAAGGAGAUUUGGUCCGACGGCCCAAGGGAGUACGUUUUGCACCUGUGGAAUGUUCUAGAUUUUGGCAUGUUGUCAAUUUUUGUGGCAUCCUUCACAGCUCGAUUAAUGGCAUUUCUGAAAGCAUCUAAAGCACAGCUCUACAUAGAUCUUCAUGUGCCCAAUCAUGACAUCAGCAAUGCCUCGUUACCUGCAGACAUCGCCUACUUUACAUAUGCCAGGAAUAAGUGGAAGCCUUCUGAUCCUCAAAUUAUCUCAGAGGGUCUGUACGCCAUAGCUGUGGUCCUGAGUUUCUCACGUAUUGCGUAUAUCCUCCCAGCCAACGAGAGCUUCGGACCACUUCAGAUCUCUCUGGGUCGCACUGUUAAAGACAUCUUCAAAUUCAUGGUCAUCUUCAUCAUGGUCUUUGUUGCCUUUAUGAUUGGGAUGUUCAACCUGUACUCCUACUACUUAGGAGCCAAGUACAACCCAGCCUUCACAACGGUGGAAGAGAGUUUUAAGACCUUGUUCUGGUCCAUUUUUGGCUUGUCUGAGGUGAUCUCGGUGGUUCUGAAAUAUGACCAUAAAUUCAUCGAGAACAUUGGCUAUGUGCUAUAUGGAGUAUAUAACGUGACUAUGGUGGUGGUGCUGCUUAACAUGCUCAUAGCCAUGAUCAACAACUCCUACCAGGAAAUAGAGGAGGAUGCUGAUGUGGAGUGGAAGUUUGCUCGUGCUAAGCUGUGGUUGUCGUAUUUUGAUGAAGGCCGCACCUUGCCCGCACCCUUUAAUCUGGUGCCCAGUCCAAAGUCUUUCUACUAUCUGGUUUUGCACACCAAAAACUGCCUCAUCCAGCUCUGCAAGGCCAAAGGUCAUCCUCAUGACAGUGAACUGGAGAUGGGCAUGCUCAACUCAAGACCAAAGCUGGAUCGAUACAGAGCUCCCUCAAGAAUCAGAGAGGAAAACAUUGUGAAGAAGCCCAUCAAAAACCCAACUCGUUAUCAGAAGAUAAUGAAACGUCUUAUAAAGAGAUACGUUCUGAAGGCACAGGUCGACAGGGAAAAUGAUGAAGUCAAUGAAGGUGAGCUGAAAGAGAUAAAGCAGGAUAUUUCCAGCCUGCGGUACGAACUACUGGAAGAGAAAUCUCAGGCCACGGGAGAACUGGCCGACCUCAUUCAACAACUCAGUGACAAGUUUGGCAAGAAUGCCAAAAAACAGCCCUGAGAGACAGGAAGAGAUGGGAGGGAGGAGAAUCAUUGGUAGCGAGACAUAAUGGAGAAAAAGGAAACGGGAUACGAAGAGGAAGAAAAAUUGAAGCAAAAUGAUGGGAGGAAAGGAGAGGAAAAUAAAGCCUUUCUCAAUUGAUUUGACACAAUCCUUUUAGAGCUUUCUAAUUUGCUAUAAGAUGCUUUUUGGCUCAUCUGUCAAGAGCAAUAUGUGCACAACUAACAACUGCACUUCAAAACAUGAUUCUACAAAAAAGAAAAUGUGUCACUUAGGACCAAGGAAUAUGCCAAUUGUUGCUUUUUGCACUUAAACAGACAAAUGGCAAUAAUUGGAGCUUAAAACAAAAAUGAAACACACAUUAUUCAUGAUUGAACAUCAAACCUUUUGAAAUGCUGCCCGUAAUGUAGAAAAUGGUUAGCAUUUUAGACUGGAGCUGGAUAUUAGAUCAAACAUAGCUGGUGGGAAAAACUGCAAAUCAGACUGGAAUUUCCAUAUUUUGUAAAUUUAGUCCUGUAACUGGCCCACCUGCUGUGGAGUUUGGCAGUAGUCUGAGAACACAGAAUCAUGUCCAUAUUAAGUAGCCAAUCUCUGCAUCACAUUAGUAGAAUGUUCUGCAAGUGGGGGAAACCCAUAAAAUAUCGGUCUUGUAGGGCUUGUUGGCUCAUUGGCUUUUUAAUUUUAUAAUGCGAUUAUAUUUUGAACAGAGUGCCUACUGCUGUGGCAUCCCAGUUUUCACCCCCUUUUCUUUUAUCUUAUUGUUUUCUACUUUCCUCUGUGGGUUUGCUGGGGCCGUUUCACCAAUAUGGCUGUGGAGGGACUGUAUGACCACCUGAGUUUUCUGACAUUCACUGGAGACAGCUUAGGCUUAUGUCUCUGUGGAGCAAACAUUCGUUUUCUUUUCUGGGCGGGCAUGUGGAAUGCAGUUGUUUUUGUCUGAUUUAUUUAUUUUUGUUCAUCUUUUUUGAAGGGUUUUUCUGUUUGUGGUUCUUUAGCCACAGUAUUGGAUUCAUCCUUUCCAGGUAUGGCUCUGCACCUGCCACCUCAGUGGUGAAGCAUGCCCCGGACCAUUUUCAAUUUCAUUUUAAUGAAUCUUUAUUGUCACAUAAAAUAUAGAGCAUAGCAUUUUAAAGCUAAAACUGUAAAUCAAUAAAU